UGCGUGCACCCGCGGCCAUGGUCCCCGCGGCGGCCACCGGCGCCUGAGCCCCCGCACGCGGGCACCGGAGGCGGCCGGCCGGCUGUGCGGGCGCGACCGAGAGGCCGACAGAAGGUGAGCGCUGUGGGCUAUGGGAUGGAUGAGGUGGAGCAGGACCAGCAUGAGGCCCGACUCAAGGAGCUGUUUGACAGUUUUGACACGACGGGCACUGGGUCCCUGGGACAGGAGGAACUCACCGACCUUUGCCACAUGUUGAGCUUGGAGGAGGUGGCCCCGGUGCUGCAAGAGACGCUGCUUCAGGACAACCUCUUGGGCAGGGUGCAUUUUGACCAGUUUAAGGAAGCGUUAAUACUUAUCUUGUCUAGAACUCUAUCAAAUGAAGAACACUUUCAGGAACCAGCAUCUGUGGGUGUCAGCUGCCAACAAGUAGCUCGGGUGUCUGGGCCGAUCCUGAAUACUCACAGGCUGACACACUCUCUUCUGAUAAAAGACUGCUCACUGGAAGCUCAGCCCAAAUAUGUCAGAGGUGGGAAGCGUUAUGGACGAAGGUCCUUACCGGAGUUUCAAGAAUCCGUGGAGGAGUUCGCGGAGGUGACAGUGAUUGAGCCCCUCGAGGAAGAAGAAGAAGAAGCAAGGUCUUCACACAUCCCGGCCGGAGACCACCAUGAGCACUGGAAGACGCAACCCAGUGAGGAGUACGAAGCAGAAGGCCAGCUGAGAUUUUGGAACCCAGAUGAUUUGAAUGCCUCCCAAAGUGGGUCUGCCCCUCCCCAGGACUGGAUAGAAGAGAAACUGCAGGAGGUUUGUGAAGAUUUGGGGAUUACGCGUGAUGGUCACCUGAACCGAAAGAAGCUGGUCUCCAUCUGUGAGCAGUAUGGUUUGCAGAAUGUCGAUGGAGAGGUGCUUGAGGAAGUCUUCCAUAAUCUUGAUCCUGAUGGCACAAUGAGUGUAGAAGAUUUUUUCUACGGCUUGUUCAAAAAUGGGAAAUCCCUUACACCGUCAGCAUCUACUCCAUAUAGACAGUUGAAAAGGCAUCUCUCCAUGCAGUCUUUUGAUGAGAGUGGACGACGUACUACAACCCCAUUGGUGAUGACGAGUACCACUGGCUUUCGGGUCUUCUCCUGCCUGGAUGAUGGGAUGGGCUACGCAUCAGUGGAGAGGAUACUUGACACCUGGCAGGAAGAGGGCAUUGAGAACAGCCAGGAGAUCCUGAAGGCCUUGGAUUUUAACCUUGAUGGAAAUGUCAACUUGACAGAGUUGACACUGGCUCUUGAAAAUGAACUUUUGGUCACCAAGAACAGCAUCCACCAGGCGGCUCUGGCCAGCUUCAAAGCUGAGAUCCGGCAUUUGCUGGAGCGUGUUGAUCAAGUGGUCAGAGAAAAAGAGAAGCUACGGUUAGAUCUGGACAAAGCCGAGAAGCUCAAGUCCCUAAUGGCCUCAGAGGUGGACGAUCAUCAUGCGGCCAUAGAGCGACGGAAUGAGUACAACCUCAGGAAACUGGAUGAAGAGUACAAGGAACGCAUAGCAGCCUUAAAGAAUGAACUCCGAAAGGAGAGGGAGCAGAUCAUGCAACAGGUGGGCAAGCAGCGUUUGGAACUUGAGCAGGAAAUUGAAAAGGCAAAAACAGAAGAGAACUACAUCCGGGACCGCCUUGCCCUCUCUUUAAAGGAAAACAGUCGACUAGAAAAUGAGCUGCUGGAAAAUGCUGAGAAGCUGGCAGAGUAUGAGAAUCUGACAAACAGACUUCAACGAAAUUUGGAAAAUGUGUUAGCAGAAAAGUUUGGUGACCUUGACCCCAGCAGUGCUGAAUUCUUCCUGCAAGAAGAGAGGCUGACACAGAUGAGAAAUGAAUAUGAGCAGCAGUGCAGGGUAUUACAAGACCAAGUGGAUGAACUCCAGUCUGAGCUGGAAGAAUAUCGUACACAAGGCAAAGUUUCCAGACUUCCCUUGAAGGACACACUGUCAGAAGAGCUUGGUGUUAACAGUGGUUACCUUGAGCCUGACCAGGGGCUUGGUUCUGAAGACUGCAAUCCACUGAAUAUGAGCCUCGAGGCAGAGCUGGUCAUCGAGCAGAUGAAAGAACACCAUCAGAGGGACUUGUGUCACCUAAGACUGGAGCUUGAAGACAAAGUGCACCAUUAUGAAAAGCAGCUAGACGAAACCAAGGCUGCCUGUGAAAAGGAGCAGGAGAACAUGAGGCAAAAGUGUGAGAAUGAAGUGCACAUCCUGGAGCAACAAAUAAGUGACCUUAAACAUGAAAUUGCAGAACUCCAGGGCCAGGCAGUGGUGCUCCAGGAGGCACAACAUACGACUAACUGCAAACACGAGGAGGAGAAGAAACAACUGCAGCUGAGGUGGGAUGAGGAAAAGACCCUCCUGCAGGAGACGCUGAGGCUGGAACAUGAGGCAGAGCUCAAGGACAGACUGGAGCAGGCUGAGGAGAGCUUCGCCCGAGAGAGGGAGGGACUUCUUCACAGUGGUGCUUGGACAGAAGAGAAGGUGAGGGGCUUGACUCAGGAACUCGAGCAAUUCUACCAGGAGCAGCUGCAAAGCCUGGCGGAGAAGCACACCCUCGAGAAGGAGGAGUUGCGAAAAGAGCUCUUGGAAAAACACCAAAGGGAAUUCCAGGAGGAAAGGGGAAAAAUGGAAACUGAGUGUACUAGAAGAACCUGUCAGAUAGAAGCCCAGUGUCAGGCCGACUGUCAGAAAGUCACUGAGAGGUGUGAAAGUGCUCUGCAGAGCCUGGAGAGGCACCUGCGCCAAGAGCUGAGGGAGCUCCUGGAACAGCAGCGCGAGGAGAGGUCUCAGUGGCAGUUUGAGAAGGACGAGCUCACGCAGGAGUGUGCCGAGGCCCAGGAGCAGCUGAAGGAGACUCUGCAGAGAGAGAAAGCGACGUCCCUGGUCUUGACCCAGGAGAGAGAGAUGCUGGAGAAAACAUACAAAGAACACCUGAACAGUAUGGUUGGUGAGAGAGAGCAGCUACUCAAAGACCUGGAAGACCUGAGAAAGGUGUCUGAAAGGCAGCAAAGCCUACUGUCCAACCAGAUCCUGGAGCUGAAACGCAGUCACGAGAGAGAGCUGAAGGACCGCGAGCAGGCCCUGUGCCAGGCGGGCAUCUCGGAGCAGCUGGCCAACCAGCGGCUGGAAAGGCUGGAAAUGGAACGUGACCAGGAGAGGCAGGAAAUGAUGUCCAAGCUUCUGGCCAUGGAGAGCGUCCACAGAGUGGCCUGUGAGAAAGCAGAUCGAGACAGAGCUGAGCUGAGCACAGAAAUCGCCCGGCUUCAGAAUAAAAUUAAGGAGAUGCAGCAGGUGGCAUCUCCUCCCUCCAGGCUUCAGAAUGGCGGCCAGGAAACGGGAGGGGAGGAGGCAGAAGGAAGUGGAGCCCUGUCCCUGCUCCAGCAAGGAGAGCAGCUGUUGGAAGAGAAUGGAGAUGUCCUCCUGAGCCUGCAGAGAGCUCACGAACAGGCAGUGAAGGAAAACGUGAAGAUGGCUGCUGAAAUCUCUAGAUUGCAACAGAGGCUGCAGAAAUUAGAGCCAGGGUCCGUCCUGUCGUCUUGCUUAGAGGAGGCAACCAGUGGGCUUUUCGGAAAUUCUGUGGAACAAACGGAGCCAUGUUUACUGCAAAACCGAGGGAAGCAAGCAGGCGGUGUCCCCAGGCGGCGCGUCCUGAGCGACCUGCAAGGCGAUGAGGCCCGGGACCUGGGAAGCACAGGGACGAGCUCUGUUCAGAGACAGGAGGUCAGAGUGGAGGCGUCUGAAGCGUCCCUGGGGAGUUUUUCCGAGCUUGAAAACAGUGACGAGACCAGGACUGAGACCUGGGACCUGAAGAAUCAGAUUUCUCAACUGCAGGAACAAUUAAUGGUCUUACGCGCAGACUGCGAUCGAGCUUCCGAGAAGAAGCAGGACCUACUGUUCGAUGUUUCUGUGCUAAAGAAGAAACUAGGUGUGCUGGAGAGAAUCGCCGAGGCUUCUCCCAAGUACAAGCUGUUAUACGAAGACGCGGGCAGAGACAACGACGGUCUCCAGGAAGAGCUGUACGCGUUGGAGACGCGCUACGAGGAAGCCCUGGAAAACAACAAGGAGCUCGCUGCAGAGGUUUUCCGCCUGCAGGACGAGCUGAAGAGAGCCGAAGAAAUGACCGACACGUUCCUCAGCCUGGAAAAGAGCUACGAUGAGGUCAAAAGAGAAAACGAGGAGCUGCACGUUGUGGUUUUGAGACUUGAAGGCACGAUUGAGAGGCUGCAAGAAGGAGCAGCGCUCCAGUGUGGCUGCUCCUCCCUGUGGGGAGCCCAGUUAGAGGACCUGAACCCCAAGCCCGAGCCUGACGGGAAGGUGCUUGUGCUCAGUCAGACACUGGAAGCACCUUCAUCAAAGGCUUUGAAUGUAUGCCGGGUUAUAGAACAUUAUCAAGAAAACCAGUACCUUGAGCAGGAGAACACGCAGAUCCUGGGGAAAGUACAAGCACGUGAAAUUGCCUGGCUGCACAGAACAAUCCAGACUCACGGAGAAAAGCCUGGAGAACAGAACCAGGUGAUCAUAGAGGAGAACACCACCCUCCUAGGCCUCCAACACAGACAUUCCCAGCGUCAGGCCGUGAUAGCGGAGUUAGAACUGGAGAAACAAAAGCUGCAGGAGCUGACUAGGAAGUUGAGGGAGAGAGUCACUAAUUUAGUGAAGCAAAAAGAUGUCCCCGCUCAAGGAGGGAAGGAGGAAGAGCUGAAGGCAAUGAUGCAUGACUUGCAGAUCACGUGCAGUGAGAUGCAGCAGAAAGUUGAGCUUCUGAGAUAUGAAUCUGAGAAGCUUCAAGAAGAAAAUUCUAUUUUGAGAAAUGAAAUUACUACUCUAAGUGAAGAAGAUAGCAUUUCUAACCUGCAGUUGGAGAAAUUAAAUGGAUCUCAGGAAGAAAUGUGGCAAAAUAUAGAAACUGUAAAACAGGAAAAAGCCGCAGUUCAGCAGAUGGUUGAAAAUUUAAAGAAACAGAUUUCAGAAUUAAAAACCAAAAACCAACAGUUGGAUUUGGAAAAGAUGGAACUUAGCCAAAAGAACUCUCAAAAUCAGAGAGAACUGCAAGAGCUUAAUCAACGUCUGGCGGAAGUGCUGUGCCAGGAGAAGGAGCCAGGGCGCGGCACGUUUGAGGAGUGGGAAGAGGAGAAGUCUACUCUGGAAGAGGAACUGGAACGCUGUAAAGUGCAGUCCUCCACUUUAGUGUCUUCUUUGGAGGCAGAACUCUCUGAAGUUAAAAUACAGACACAUAUUGUGGAGCAGGAAAACCUCCUUCUCAAAGAUGAACUGGAGAAAAUGAAGCAGCUGCACAGAUGUCCCGAUCUCUCUAACUUCCAGCAAAAAAUUUCUAGUGUUCUAAGCUACAAUGAAAAACUGCUGAAAGAAAAGGAAGCUCUAAGCGAAGAAUUAAACAGCUGCGUUGAUAAGUUGGCAAAAUCAAGUCUUCUAGAGCGCAGAAUUGCUACUAUGAAGCAAGAACAGAAGUCUUGGGAACAGCAGAGUGAAAGCUUAACGUUGCAGCUAGCGGCUUCACAGGAAAAGGUUCAGAGUUUAGAGGACACACUACAGAAUGUAAACCUGCAGAUGUCCCGGAUUAAAUCCGAUCUCCGAGUGACUCAGCAGGAAAAGGAGGCUUUAAAACAAGAAGUGAUGUCUUUACAUAAGCAACUUCAGAAUGCUGGUGACAAGAACUGGGCUCCAGAAGUAGCCACCCACCCAUCAGGAUUCCAUAACCAGCAGCAGCGGCUGUCUUGGGACAAGUUGGAUCUUCUAAGGAAUGAGGAACAACAGCUGCUUUGGCAAGAGAACGAGAGACUCCAAACUGUGGUGCAGAACACCAAAGCAGAACUCACACACUCCCGGGAGAAGGUCCGUCAACUGGAAUCCAGCCUUCUUCCCCCCAAGCACCAAACACAGGUAAAUGCAUCAGGUACUGUGAAGCCCACAGAGCAGGAGAAGUUGAGCUUGAAAAGAGAGUGUGAACAGUUUCAAAAGGAAAGAUCUCCUGCAAAUAGGAAGGUCAGUCAAAUGAAUUCCCUUGAACGAGAAUUAGAAACAAUUCAUUUGGAAACUGAAGGCCUGAAAAAGAAACAAGUAAAACUGGAUGAGCAGCUAAUGGAGAUGCAGCACCUGAGGUCCACUGUGAUGCUUAGCCCAUCCCCUCACGCAUUGGAUCUGCAGCUUCUCCAGCAGCAAGCCUGUCCCAUGGUGCCCAGGGAGCAGUUUCUGCAGCUUCAACACCAGCUGCUGCAGGCAGAGAGGAUAAACCAGCGCCUGCAGGAGGAACCUGAAAACAGAACCUCUGAAACCAGCACACCACAGGAAAACCAGGAACAAAUGGUAACUGCCAUGGAGGAACGAAUGAUGGAAGUUGAACAGAAAUUGAAAUUGGUGAAAAGGCUUCUUCAGGAGAAAGUGAAUCAGCUCAAAGAACAACUCUGCAAGAACACUAAAGCAGAUGCAAUGGUGAAGGAUUUGUAUGUUGAAAAUGCCCAGUUGUUGAAAGCUCUGGAAAUGACUGAACAGCGACAAAAAACAGCCGAGAAGAAAAAUUACCUCUUAGAAGAGAAGAUUGCUAGCCUCAGUAACAUAGUCAGGAAUCUGACACCAGCACCAUUGACUUCUACCCCUCCCUUGAGGUCAUAGCAAAGCCAAAGGAUACACUCAUGUUUGUGCACUUUACUGAAAUGGAUGGAACAUUUCAGUGGGUUCUCAACCUUUUUUCUUUUUCUUUUUAAGAUAAGAAACCUUUCAUGGCUUCAAGUUAAGCCUAACCUAAAACUGCCAGCAACAAAAUUGGAGUUUCCAUUCAUAGUAAUGAGUUUUUCAAAACAGACUUUAAUGGGAGUUGCAAGCAAAUAUUCACAUAUUUCACUGUUUGAAGUGUUCUCAAGUCUUGAAUUUUUAAAUAUUUUAGUAGCCACCAAGAAGGUAGAUAUUAACAGCAAUUUAAGAACCUUAAAACCCCAGUUUUUAAUGAUUUUUUUAAAAUAAUUAUUAAAUCCCAGAUAUUUUUAAGUUUGAGAUCUAAUUAAUUUUGUUGUUUUGAUCUUUAUUUGAAGCCAAAUAUAUGCCUUCUUAAUAUUUAAAUAUGGGAAAGUCAUUCUGUUUCUAAUAGUUUCAUUCUUUGAAUUAAUUGGUAGACUUUCUGCUUGAUAACAGAAACUGGGCUCAAUUACCACUGAGGUCAAAAUAGCCAGAGUCCAUAGAGCUCUACCUUCUACCCCCUAUGACAGUAUUAUCACUCUUGCUGUAUUAUAGAUAUAAAACUGUUUUACCCAACUGCACUGUUAACUAAUGUUAAAACUUUACUUUCUUUAAACAGUC